AUGUCUGGAAAAAGCCGAAAACGUAAGCAAAGUAAUGUUACUCUUCGAGAUGAGCCAAUCUCGCAACCCGAAUAUGAGCCGAUCUCACACGCACACCGAAUAACUGAAACAGAAAAUGAUCCUCACGGUAAAAAUGUUCCGAAUCAAAUACUAGAUCAAGGUUUGACUCGAAAGGAUUCUUUGGGAAGCAAAAGCAAAUUUAGAUCUCGAAAGGAGUUUGGACUUCAUCGUAUGACUAAUAUUGAUGAACAAAGCCAUCAACAAGUGGUUAGAACAAAAACUCAAGUGGGUAGUAGAGUUUAUAGUGGACAUAUGGACUCAAGUCAAACUCCAAAUAGGGCAGCACAUUACGGUCAUAACAUUGGCUUGACUCGGAAGAACCCUAUGGUCAACCAGACCAAUCUUAGACUUAGGGAAGAGUCUGAAAUCCAUCAUAAUCUUAGUACUCAUGAAAUAGAACAUGAGCAAGGUAUUGAAAGUGAUUCUGAAAUUUCUGAAACUGAAACCCAUGGUCCAACAUGUAUGAAAAGUAUUUGGGGUCGGCCUCUUCACCUUUCCAAAAUUCAUGUUGAGUAUAAUGACAAGGUUGAUCCUAUUGAUGGCGAGUGCAGUACGCUUAGUCAUUUUUUGGGUUCAAUAGCAAGGAAUUGUCAGUAUUGUCCAAUUAGUGUGAAGGAUUGGCUUAAUAUAGAGAACAAAGAUGAGAUUCUUGAUAUUGUGAAGUUACGAUUCCAUGUCCCUCGCAUUGCGGAAAAAAAGAUUUUGAGUUCUGUUGAGAAAAAAUGGAGAAGUUGGAAGAAUCGACUAAAAGCUAAAUAUUGGUAUGAAGCUUCAGUGGAAGUUUUAGUGGACCAAAGGGAUGCUAGAGUUACCGCUGUCGAAUGGAUGAAGAUUUGUACUUACUGGAAUAGCGAGGCCGCAAAGGGAAAUAUGCAGGAAGACACCAAUAAAUCCCAAGAAGAUGUUGAUGAUCCAAUUGAUGAAGAUGAUGAUCCAAUUCAUCAGGAUGAUGUAUUUGCUCAAACCAUUGGGCAAGACCAGUCUACCAUGCAAAUGACUAGUAAAGAAAUUAGCCAAUCAAAUACUCGCGAGACAACUCAGAAUACAUCCAAGCGUUUAAGAAUUGAGGAACAAGGUGACGCUGGACAACAAUCUCUACACAUUAAUGUUCCCCAAACCAAAAAACAGCAAUUCCCACUCUUAAGGUGA